UAGUAGAUAAAAAGUUAACCAAUGUGCCAAAAGCACGUAGGUUCGUGUUUUCGUCUUGAGUUCAGUAUGGUUAUGAUUGACAUAUUGGUGAGUUGGCCCUUACAAGAGGCCUAACAAUAUGUGUUGGUUGUUUUGUGUCAGUGUAUUGUUUUUUACCUUAACGACUUCAGAUAGCACAUUAUUAGAUAAAUUAUCGAAAAUAAAAUGGCACUGCGCCGACGAAAAUUGUUCAGUACCGAUAUCGGAGGGAUAUGGUUUGAGGUUAUACAAUGGAGAUGAUCCAUUGAAGCUUAAUUUUAAUGCAAAUGACCAAUUUUUAAUUUUGGGAAAAACAAAUGAUGAUAAAUUCGAUAAUUAUUGGCUGGUUCAAACGGGUGAUAGAAAAGGAAUAGUACCAGUCCAAUUUGUUAAAGAAAGAAAAGUCAUCAUUAACAAAGGCGAACAAAUCAUAACAGAAUUAGAUUUGAGUUCUAUUAUUCAGCCAGUCCAGACAGAAAGAACUAUUAAAGAAGCAAUAAAGCCAUCCCCGCCGAAAGUUGUAGUUGACGGUACAACGUUACCUUCUUAUGAAGAUGAGCCUUCGGAUGUCGUAGUUGAAGAAGAAAGCGAAGAAGUUUACGAGUCCUCGAUACCGUUAGAAAAAGAAAAUCUAGUUUUUGGCACUUCUGGUUUCAGCGACACAAGUUCUAUCAAAAAUGAUAGUCCAGAAACUGAUGGUAAUCAACAAACCAAUCACUCAGGGACAAGUGAAGGUUUCGUCGGUGAUAAAGUAGCUAGUAUUGUUUCUCACAAUGUUGAUAUAACUGAAGGUGCAAACAGUGAUAUUGAAAAUGGUACCACUCCAGAAAUCAGUGGUAUUGUAGCGAGUCAAAAUUUUGCUAAUGAUGUAGUCGAGACUGUCCAUUGCUAA